AUGUCCUUUCAUCCCGAGUCUGCGGAGCAUUUCCGCAAGCCGAGCAUUCAGAACGCCAUCUUCGGCAGUGCACGGCGCAGGCGGCCCAGCAAUCCAAAGCCGGUGUCUGUCGAAGAUACGCUGCAGGCAGUGAAGGGAUCUGAUGAUGCUUCCCAGCACGAGGAACUGGAAGGACUUUCUUUGCGGCCGGGACCAGAUCUUGAAUCAAACCUGUCGGUGACAGUUGGCGCAUCGCGAUCGAACGACGCAGCAGUGAAGGAGUCAUCGGCAGUGCGAGCUGCUCGACGAGAACGAGGAGCAAGCGUACAACGGCCCUCUAGCCCAGAUGUAGGGACCAUCCUCGCCAACACACCUCGCCCCAGGCGCAGGUCAUAUGCUGCCGCUCCCACAGCGUUCCGCACACCCCAUCGCUCGAGCUCUGGUGUCGGCUGCCACAAUGAUCUGAAGGAAGCGGGCUCAGAUACGGAGCGGGAGCUCGACGGCAGCGAGUCCGACUCGAGCAUCGAUCUGCACACGCCCCUCCCCCAUCUCAUGUUCCGCGAUGGCUUGCUGUCUCCGCGCUCAAAGCUGCUUCCCAAGGGCCCCGGAAUGACAUCGUCGUUUCCAUACCUCCUUGAGGAGGACGAGGAAGGCGACGCGCCCGACCGCUCGCUCAGCGUGCUCAGUGCGGCGUCCAUGGCUGGGUCUAUCACUACGAAGGCGGGCGUAUUGUACAAAGACCCUCGGGAUACUGUAAGACGGCGGAUACGACACCGAGACGGAAGUCUCCUGCGCGCAGGGAUGGGCUUGACGACGGGGCUCGGCUGGAGCGAUAGUGAGGAUGAGGAUGCGCCCUCGACGCUCACCCGGAAGCUGAUACACACCUCGAUCACACGCAAAACAUCGCUGUCUGCAAGCAAUUCACGGCCACUUUCAGAGGCCACGAGGGAAUCCACGGUAGUCAGCCCGCCACCUGCUGCAGGAUCACAUCCGAGCAAAGACCUGCCCAAGUCUGCAUCCACGUCCAAUUCGUCGCUAUCCUCGUUACGGCCCAGCACUGCGGAUAGCACGUCUUCGCUCGAAUCGACGCCAACGCGAGUCAGAGCGCAAUCCAGCAUGUCGAUAUUCUCUACUGGGGCUUCCUCCAUGCCUACCACACCCAGCUCUAGAGGUGUCGCUGGUGCACGUCGUGUGCAACGGCCUUUAAAGUCGACCGAUAUCCAGGCGAUAAUCUCGAGGCAGCGUGCUCUAUCGUCCGCGAGCACCAGCUCCGUGCUGUCUACAGGAUCAGUAUCAGGUCUUCCCGGUCGUGCAAGCUAUUAUCAACGAUCAUUAACGUCCUUUACAGCCAAUGGAGCGCGGCCACGGACCAUGUCGGCCGCAUCCAGCGUAAGCUCCGUAUCUACAUAUUCCUCAAUGGGUGCAUCAGGUUCGUCCACUCCCUCCGGAGGUAGCACGAGCACAACGUCAGGCAUGCCGCGGCCGCUCCGCCUUUCGCAGUCCAUGGCGCUGCGGCAGAACAUGGUCCGCUCACCGUCGGGCAUCCCAAGCAAGACCGGCGUGCUGACGAAUGGCCAGCACGCGCGCACGCUCUCGAGCGUGCCGUCCGUCCGCAACCUCUCGCAGCUCCCUAGCGCGGCGCCCAUCCAAAGGGCCGACAGCAACGGCUCCUCCACGUCUACGACUUCCACGCCGACGACGCCGACGAACACACGUGCGACGCCUACUCCGCCCUCCUCUCCGCGAGUACGCCCGCUCGUUGCGGGCCCGAGGCCGAAGCCUCGGACAGGCACUGGGAUGGUCUACCGCACGUCGAGCUAUGCGAGUCUGCAGGCGGGUGCGAUAAGGGUGCAUAGUGUGUCCGUCUCUCCUGGUCCAGAUGGUGGUGUCAUGUUCUGA